ACUGUUAACUAUAGGAAAUUGGAAUUGUUGCUUCAUCAAAGAUGUCAUCGACGAGAUGCUGAAUUUUCACGUUUAGGACCACCGCUGCAACUGCUGUUCGACUGGGAUCGUAUCGUAGCGUUUCGUAUUCUCGGUAGCGCAUGCAUUUAUAUAACGCGUAAGGGCGCUGAAGGAAUUUGGAAAAUGAUGCUUGGUAUCAAAUUCCGUGAUGCACCGACUCCGCGCAUGCAAUGAAGCAGGGCGAGAUUUUCCGCGGCUAGACGUCGAGUACUCUCCGAUUUUCAUUUUCGUUCGCCGAGAUCGUAGUUAGCUUCGUUCGAACAGCAAUUACAUGGUUAACCGGCAACACCGGAGGCUAGCGAGUAACGCAGUGUCCUUUUUUUGCGCGUGCUGAACGGGUAGGCCUAUUUAAAUAACGAUCGGUCAUUAUAUUGUCAUCGUUUCAGCGCGCGGUGAUUGCCGUUAUCUGAAUGUCAGAGCAUCCUCGCCCGUGUCCGGUUCGUAUCAGGGUAGCGCUCACCGCAAGACCGACUAAGCCCACGGAGCGGGCUCCCACACACCCCUGCAGCGAAUAGAUCUGUUUGAGAGACGAUUUAUUGAAAAUCGUAAUAUGUCGGGACAGUCCAUCACGGACCGGAUCGCCGCGGCUCAGCACAGCAUGACCGGAUCUGCCAUCAGCAAAGCCGUGUGCAAGGCCACGACGCACGAAGUCAGCGCGCCCAAGAAGAAGCACCUUGAUUAUCUAAUGCACUGCACCAAUGAGCUGAACGUGAAUAUACCUCACUUGGCUGACACAUUGUUUGAGAGGACAGCAAAUCAGAGCUGGGUGGUGGUCUUUAAAGCUCUCAUUACUACGCACCACCUCAUGAUGUACGGCAAUGAGAGGUUUAUCCAGUACCUUGCAUCAAGAAGCACACUCUUUAACUUGAAUAAUUUCGUAGAUAAAGGCGCAUUACAAGGUUAUGAUAUGUCCAUCUACAUUAGACGUUACAGCAGGUAUCUGACCGAGAGGGCUCUGUCCUACAGACUCGUCGCAGCUGAUUUCACCAAGAUGAAGAGAGGGACGGAUGGAGUGAUGCGCAGUAUGAGCAUAGAAAAGCUGAUGAAGACUCUACCUAUCAUUCAGAAUCAGCUGGACGCCCUUCUGGACUUUGAGGCCAGCUCUAAUGAACUGACCAAUGGGGUGAUCAAUUGUGCCUUCACGCUGCUCUUCAAGGACUCUAUCCGCAUCUUUGCUGCUUACAACGAGGGUGUCAUUAAUCUGCUAGAGAAAUAUUUUAAUAUGAAGAAGAAUCAAUGCAAAGAGGCGCUGGAAAUAUACAAGAGGUUUCUUAUCAGGAUGACCAAGCUCUCCGAGUUUCUCAAGGUGGCAGAGCAAGUUGGAAUUGAUCAGGUUGACAUCCCAGAUCUCUCACAGUUUACCGUGUGUGCCCCCAGCAGUCUUUUGGAUGCCCUGGAGCAACACUUGGCUUCAUUAGAAGGAAAGAAGGUGAAGGACUCCACUGCCGCCAGCAGGGCAAGCACACUCUCCAAUGCUGUGUCAUCUCUGGCCAACACUGGCAUGUCUUUCACCAAAGUGGAUGAAAGGGAAAAGCAGGCAGCUCUGGAGGAGGAGCAGGCGCGAUUGAAAGCUCUAAAGGAACAGAGGCUGAAGGAACUAUCCAAGAGGCCUUCAUUUGCCACGACCGACACUUCUCCAGUGUCCACCACAGCAGCAUGCAUCAGCACAGCUCCUGCCAUCGACCUCUUCUCUACUCCCAGCUGCUCCAAUGGUGCCCUGAAGAUGGAGAGCGACCUCUUCGACUUGCAGACCAACUUUCAGUCGAGCAUGCAGGCCGGACCCUCCGUGGCCACGGCAUGGGGAGAUCCUUUCUCUUCUUCUGAAGCUGUAGAUGACUCCAUUCCAAACCUAAACCCUUUCCUAACCAAACUUGUUGUUGAUGGUGCUCAUCUACCCGUUAUGUCAUCAGAUGGUGUUAGUUUCUCCUCUAGGACGUCAGGUCAUGAGAUUUUUGGUGAUCAGUACAAUCCCUUUAUUGAUUCAAGUUCGUCUGUAUCAACCAAUUACAAACGCACUGUGCGGAUAGAGCACUUAAUCUCAGACUCGUUUGGUCAGCCGUCUAUGGUCCAGCAUCUCCCAAACCCCUCUCCCUUCCAGUCUGAGCCCUCCACAGUAGCAGGCCUAUUCAGAGGAUACGGAGCUCCACAAAUCCCUCCUCCACAGAGCUCGGGCGAGCUGCGUGUUGACUUUGAGUCUGUUUUCGGUACUAAAGCUGCAUCGUCUAAUAGCCUGGAUACAGAUGCAGGGAUUUUAAAACCCACUGUGGCCGGUUCAAAUCAGUGCUCCAAUCAGCUCCCGGAGAAGCUGGUGUCAGACGACCUGGAUUCUUCCUUGGCCAACCUCGUUGGAAAUCUGGGUAUUGGAAACGGUACCACUAAAAAUGAUAUCCACUGGAACCAACCAGGAGAGAAAAAAUUAACUGGUGGAAUGAACUGGCAACCCAAAACAGCUCCAUCUACUACAUGGAACCCUGUCUCUAUGCCACCAUCUAUCAUGGCUUUCCCCGCUACAACACCUACAGGAAUGAUGGGAUAUGGCAUGCCUCCACAGUUGCCCUCUAUGAGCAUGAUGACCCAGCCCACAAUGAUGUACACGCAGCCGGUCAUGAGGCCAUCCAAUCCGUUCGGAUCAGUGUCCAGCGCACAGCCCUCCGCUGCCUCUAGCCCUUCCAGUCAGAGUCCUCUCAGAGCCCCAGGACAAGACCCCUUUGCACAGCUCUCUCUCAAGGAUUUCUUGUAGAGCUUCGUCUUUUGUCUAGGUACCGCAUGCGUUUGUGCUCACCGAUGGUCUUGCAUGCACCCAUGGUCAGUUUCAUCUUGUGCCUCUUGCUAGACGUAGAUUGCACAAAUAGAUUGCACACAUGAUAGCAGUCAAUACUGAGUGAUUCAAGUAAAACAUCUCUCUCUCUCUCUCUCUCUCUCUC